AUAAAAGGCUCCACGAGGAUCUGCAUGCAGCAGGUACCAAAUAGACAGACAGGGUUGAACACUCAAUCAACAACACACUCUUUCAAGGAAGAGACAAAGUGCUCCAGCCCCUGCUGCACCCUGGCAGCAGCCAUGAAGCUCCUCCCUGGUGACAUUGCGAAACGCCUAGAAGAGAUGGUGCUGCUGACAGCUCAGAACCUGCCCCAGGUGGAGAUAGCUAAAAGUUACACCAUUCUCCGGGAGCUGGGCAGUGGCUCUUUUGGGCAUGUGCUCAUGGCUGUCCACCAAGGCCAAGGAACACCCAUGGCAUUAAAAUUUGUACAUAAGAAAAAUACGGAAUUGCAGGAUUUCCUGAGUGAAUACUGCAUUGCGCUGACUUUGGGAGCACACCCCUGCAUUGCUACAGCCCUUGGAAUUGCCUUCCAGACCCCGCACCACUAUGUCUUUGCGCAAGAGCUGGCCUUGGCCAGGGACCUCUUCUCUCUCAUGGUGCCUCAGGUUGGUGUGCCGGAGCAGCGGGUAAAGCGUUGUGCCCUCCAGCUUUCCAGUGCCCUGGAGUAUAUGGAAACCAAAGGGCUGGUUCAUCGUGAUGUCAAACCAGAGAAUGUGCUGCUCUGUGACCCUGAGUGUCGACGCAUCAAGCUAACUGACUUUGGGCUGAGCUGCCCACGUGGCCAGGCCAUUGAGGCCUUGCCUGAGAGCCUGCCCUACACAGCCCCUGAGUUGUGUGUUCUGGGCCCCAAAGCUCAUUUGGAGGCCCAACCCAGCCUUGACACAUGGGCUCUGGGAGUGCUGCUUUUCUGUGUGCUCACUGGCUACUUCCCCUGGCUCACAGCUGUGCCUGCUGAUCGGUAUUACCGCAGCUUUGUCUGCUGGCAUCGCAGCCCCUGCUUUGCCCCACGCCCACCCCAUUGGGACCGUUUCACUCCCCAUGCCCUGGAAAUGUUGAAAGGGCUUUUAAUGCCCGAUCCAGAUCGCCGUACCCCUGCCAAGGAGGUGAUGAAUUUUAUCAAGCUGCCUUGGAUGGUGCCAGGUGCCCAAAGCCAUACCCGGCCCAGCAAAGAACUUCUUGGUACCAGCCGGAGGUGCUAA